AAAACUUGUGAGGGAGUUCCGGGAAUGUAAACAACUAAACAAGUUUGUGCAGGUUAAAGUUACUAAAUUACUGUUUAGGUAAUACGUAUUAGCUGUUUUUAUCUGAAAAAUGGAUCGACGAAAAAUAAAAUCUCGAUGGUUGCAUCAGAAAGUAAACAUUCAAGACACUCAAUCUUCUACAGCGUCAACCGAAGAAGUCAAUGAUGCAUUUGCUAGUGGUAAUCUAUCACAAAGAUCACAACGUACGUCAAACACAGAAUUACUCCGAGCGUCACAACGGAGCUCUAAGACUAAUCUACUCAGACAACAAUCAAACUUAAUUGCACCAUCAACUUCGGGUACUAAUAAAAGACGUGAGUCUGAACCAAAUCUCGACAUCAUUGACGAGUCUCCUGACAGCUCCGCCAAAGAAAAUGAACUACCAGAUAUUUUUUCUUCUCCUCGAGCCAAGCGAGUCCGAGUUUCAGAAUCUCCGAGCCCAGUUAAAAAAGCUCCUGAAAAAGAAGCGAGAGACCCUAGAGUCAGUCGCAAGCCUACAGGAUUCGUCCCACGGAAUCGUCCUCAAGCAGCAAAUGUCUUGAGUCAAUUUUUCAGUCACAUUGGAAUUGUGCCAGAUGAAAGCGACACUCAUUAUAUUUUAGAAAGCGAUCCAUUGCUUACGGUUAAAAAAAUACAGCAAGCGUUACUCUCCGGUGAUUAUUCCAAGGAAACUGUUUUAAGAAAGCUCGACAAUUAUCUGUCAGAAGAUCUUGGACAAGACAAUAAAUGUUUGAAUCCAACGACGAUAAACUCUUCUGAUGGCCGUCAAAUGGAUUCAUUUAAAAGCUCUUCGAUUAUAAAAAUUUUUUUACAAGUUCCCGCUAUACAGAGUAACGUUUUAAAUAGCCUGCUGACGAAAUUAAAUGAGACUAUUGUAGCUGCAGAUUCGCCAGACAGUGUACCAUGGGCUUAUCAGUUACUCCAGCAGCUGCGUUUCCUUGAAGUAGUAAACGACCCUGAAGCAUUAACACUGAAACUCGAAGAGUUAUUAGAAACCAGUCCGAUAUGGUUUCAGCGUGAAUUAAUAACAUUUAUACCAGACAUAGUUACCGACACCCAGCACCAAAUGAUAGCAGAAAUCCUUUGCAAGCUCAUGGAAGCCCAGCGAGAAUUAACAAACGUAAUUUUAGAUUGCAUAAGUAACUUAUCGUUGGGAAAAGAAUUUUUGGAAGAGCUCCGCGAAACAAUGUUGACUUUACUAGGUCGCAAUUGUCACAUAGAUCAGAUGGCAGCAAUAAUUAAGUUUACUUUAGACGAUUGCCCAUCGAUCGAUGUCUGUCAAACAGUAUUGCGUAACUUAAGAGUGCUUGAGCUCCAGCCACUAGAUGGAGAAAACUCUGAAGAGUAUUACUCAAACCAAACUAUCAUAGUAAGCGCACUGAGGAUGGUAAUAGUUCUCAGUAAAGAGAUGGCCAAUGCAGCGAUAAACGUAGUCGCUUCAACAAGCUCCAACAAGCAAGCCAAGCCAUUCGAUCUAAUUAUUUUACUGCUUCUAUACGAAGGAACGGUUAAAAAAAAAAAAGCCGAGGCUAUACUCAAGCAGCACAUCAAGACUGCGUUCUACCGUUCGAGUCUGCUUAAUGACUUCUACUCCGGCUAUCAAGAAGUCGUUAAAGAUCUUCAGUCAGCGGCUUUAAAUAUGGCGAGUAAUUUGUUAAAAUCCGAAGACGGUGUGCUGAUAGACUUCACCACCGAUUGGUUUCGCCAUCAGUUUCUCAUUCACGGCGAGCUGAUUCACAAGCAGCGAGAAAUUGUUGAAAAAUUAAUCGUACUGAUGGGUAAUAAUGAUCAGACUGCCAAGAACGCUCUUGCAAUUUUGUGCAAAAUGACUAAGAACAGAGACGAGCGUCGGUAUUUGCAAGCUCACUGUCAUUAUCUGAGAAUUUUGCUGGAGAAAAUGGAAAAACUUGAUCUUAAAGAAGUCACUAUGCUCAAUGAUUUGCUACACGCACUUUGCGCUAGCUCUAAUACAAUCACCGAUACUCUGAGAGAUGACCUGUUUAUUUUAUUGUCGAAACAAUUAUCUUGUCACGAUGGAAUUGUUAAAUCUAAAGGAGUUGCAGGAGGUGUCAUGGCCAUAAAACAUCUUGCGACAAGUGAGGAAGAGCUAAAAAUGGCUGUGGAUAUUUUUAAAAAAAUCCUGAGUGGUGUUAAAGAGUGUCCGAGAUCACGUGGAUUUUUUUACGACACUUUGGGCAGUAUCAUAGCGCAGAAUGAUGAUAUAAAAGUGGAGUUUUUGAAUGAAAUCAUCAAGUUAAUUGAAGAUGAGUUUUUUAAUGUCUAUAUAACAGACAGUUACGACGGCCCGCUGAAACCUACCUUUAGAUUGAAUGCUUCAAAUGACUUGCAGGGACUUCUCGUUAAAUUUGGUCCUGGGAAGUACGAAGGAAUUGCACCAACUCUGCUGAGGUUAAUGAAAAUUUGUAACCAGCAUAUAGGCAAUGAAAGAUUGAAGAUCAGCGAGUUCUUUAACUGCGCGGUUUUAAUGCCAGCGGAUCUAGAUCUUCCGGAUGCGCAGACAAUAGAUCUUAUGUUUCAUUGUAUUAAUUGGUUCCGUGAACUAAUAAAUUCUUGUGUGACCGAGCGAAAUCCGCUUUUACAGCGGCUAAUUUCUAAGCGACUAGCUAAUGUAAUGCAGUUGCAAGGAGAGCUAGCGACUUUGCUGUCGUUGGCUGAUGCGCGUUAUCAAGCGCCGCCGUGUUACUUUCAUUCGUUUCCGCUGCCCUCGUUUAAUAAGGUUGAGAAAAAGAGCAGCAAGAAGGGAAAAAAAGGAACCGAAGACAAAGACAAAGACAAAAGCGUCGCGGAGAAAACUUUACCUGAAUGGGAAUCCUGGGAAAUGGGGUCACUACUCAGCACUAAAAAUCCCAUGUACUUUAGACGAUUAGAUGCGGAAAUUUUGUAUCUGCUUGAUGUUACUAUACCUGUUCAAAUGUCACAAACUAAUGUUGAUAAUGUUUCGACGGGACAGGUUUGUUUUAUUAUUAAAGAGUUACUUGCGAGUUUUAAUGAAGAUAAUGUCACGGAAAAAUUUAUGAAAGAUUUGAUUAGUCAGCUAUCGAAAAUUUGUAUGAAGUUGUCUGAUUUUGUUGAUAAAUUGAGAGUUGAAGAGAGUAGUCAGCAUAAUUAUGCAUUCAGACUGAUUUUAAGUCUUCUUACUGCGAUUUUUAAUUGGAAGGGAUUUAAUAAUCCAGCGCAUCAUGAAUUAUUGAGAGAGGGACUUAGAACACUUGCUGGCCAAGUAGAUGAAUCAAAUUUAACUCUCCGAUCUGCUAGAGAAUUAGUUUCUGAAUCUUACAAAUAUUUCGAGUCACUAGCUGACGUUGCUACGCAAAUUUCGAUAGCUUCUGAGCUUGUUGAUACGUGUAAAGCUUUAAUGAAACACUCCACAACUUUUAGCCGAGAAAAGAAAGACAAACAAGCGAAAAUGGCGUACGGAUUUUUGUGCCUGGAAUGGCCCAAUGAUCGACAAACUAGUCCUCUGUUUAGAUCCUCGGUGUCGAGGCUGCUAAAAAAUUGGCUUGAACAUGAGCCAAAUCCUUUAGAGACAGUAUCAUCGGUCUUGGAAUGGUUACCUGAGAAAGCUAAUACUUUAGAGAAGCCUCAAGAUAAAUUGGCGAGACUACCGACAAUUAUGCGCUCUAAUUUGCAUAAUUUGUAUCAAAAACUGUACGAAGCCUUUUUAAAAGGAACUAAGCUUGCCUUACAGCCUGCAAUGACAGAUGUUCAAAAAUUGAAAGUCUGGAAGGAAGUAGCUCUCAAUUUAUCGCGCCUAGUAGCGAUUUGUAAAAAGGUUUCUACUAAAAGUAUGUUGAUGGCUUACUUGAGAUGUACACCAGCCCUGUUGAAGAUUUUCCUCGAGUCAGCAAUUCCCACUUUCGAACACUGUUUGCGAAAUCAUGCCGAUGAAGUUACAUCAACAAUUAAAAUGGUCCAGGGAGGGACUAGAUAUUUAAAUGCAAUCUGCUGUCACAGUACUGAACAAAAAGACAUAGCUUUAUCCAAAUUAAUUCCAAAUGCCAAAACUAUUUUGGAGAAAAUGGUAUACUCUGUUAAAGGAAUGCUGGUGUUUAAUAAUACCAGCAGCGCUUUCUGGAUGGGUAAUCUUCUUAAUAAGAAUCUUGAUGGUCAAGCAAUAUUAUCUCAGGGAUCUGUUUCAACUGAUGAGAGACCAACCUCAGUGACUGAUUCAUCAGUUCAAAGUGAUGAUGAUGUUUUAUCAGAUAUUUUGGACGAUGAUCAAGAUGAAGAAAACGACAACUCAAAUAUCGGUGAUGGUGAUGAAUAA